AUGGCUGAGUCUCAGUUCCCGCUCCCAACGAUACGAUGGGGCAUCAUAGGAGCUGGCGCAAUCUCCGCUGCAUUCGUAAAGGACAUUACACUUCCACGGGAGCAUGCGCAAGCAAGACAUAUCGUUAGUGCAAUUGGCACAUCUAGUUUGGAGAAAGCCAAAUCGUUUGUUCAGGACAAUAUUCCUUCUGUGCCAACACCACACAUCUACUCUUCUUACGAAGGGGUGCUCCAAGACGUUACUGUUGAUGUUGUAUACAUCGGCACGCCACAUGCGUUCCAUAAAAAGAACUGCCUUGAUGCGAUUGCAGCAGGAAAGCAUGUUCUCUGCGAGAAGGCAUUUGCGAUUACUGCUCGUGAAGCCGAAGAAGUAUUCGCCGCAGCCACUGCCAAGAACGUUUACGUUAUGGAAGCGAUGUGGACACGCUUUCAUCCACUUGUCCAAGACUUGCGUAAGGUCCUUUUCACCGACAAACUUAUCGGCGACAUACGCCGCACAUUCUGCGACUUUGGCCAGGAUCACAAGCUUGCUUCGCUCGGACCAGAGUCGAGGCUCAAGAAUCUUGACCUAGGGGCUGGCAGUCUCUUGAACAUCGGCAUUUACUCGUUGACAUGGGGUCUUCUCACGCUAGAUGAAAGGAUUGGGAUGGAAGCGUCGCACACUGAGAUCUUGGCCAACCAAAGCCUGGUCGAUGGCGUAGACGUGGCCACUGCCAUCUUACUUCGCUAUCCAGCAACUGGGCGCCAAGGGAUACUUACUUCAACAUCGGAGUUCAAGAAUGAUGAUGCUUUCUGUCGCAUCGAAGGAACGGAGGGCUACGUUUUGCUAAGUGGACCGUACACUUCAUCGCCAAGAAAUUUCUCGGUGUGGCGCAACCGAAGCGCAAGCAAUUCCAGUUUUGAUGGAUUACAACAGAGCGAACCCGUGUUCCAGAAGGGGUAUGACGACGUCGGAUUCGGGUUGUACCGCGAAGCUGAUGCCGUCGCACUUGACCUCGCUGCUGGACGAAGGGAGAACAAGAUCAUGCCACACGCAGAGACGUUGCGCAUUAUGCGGAUGCUGGAUGAAAUUAGACGACAGGGAGGCGCAAGCUUUCCCCAGGACGGCGAAAGCUCGAGUUAACCGUACAUCAUUGUGCCUGCUUGCCGAGUAAUCAGCG